AUAGGUUUUGUUUGACAAAUUUCGCAGCAUUAUUCUUAAUUAAUUUUCACAAGCACUUAAAGCGGUUUUAGUAGUCCGGCCAACGCCAAUAGGGCAGCUGACGUCACUGCCGGCAGAUUACACGGCCAGAAUUCCAUGUGCCUCUCACUCCGAUCCUUUCCUUCAUCUGUCUAUCAUUACCCUCACCGACAGCUCCCACUCCCAAUCUUUCUCUCCACCACCUCGGCACCCAAACCCGUCUCUGUCCAUGGACCGCCUGAACCGUACCCACGCCCCGGCUGGCCGCGACGACUGUUGGAGUGAGGACGCCACGUUGGCACUAAUAACGGCCUGGGGAGACCGCUACCUCCAUUUAAACCGCGGCAUCCUCCGUCAGAAAGACUGGAAGGAGGUGGCCGACGCGGUUAACUCCCAUCAAAACGGCGGCGCCAAGCCGUUCAAGAAGGACGUCCAGUGCAAGAACCGCAUCGACACGUUGAAGAAAAAGUACAAGCUGGAAAAGUCGAAGCCCGGCCAGUCCACGUGGCCCUUCUACCGCCGCCUCCACUCCAUAAUCUGCUCAACCCCCUCAAACACCGCCGGUGCGACCAAAUCAAACCCCCCAAUCCUCGCUCUCAGUGCCAAAUCCCCCGACCCGAAUACGAAUCCCCUCGGAGGGUCCACCGACAGCUCAAUUCGCCACGACGACGGCGAUGAUGAGGCGGCGGUGUUUGAGGGUGGAGCGGCGUGCAGGGAAUUGGCUAGGGCAAUUUCGAAGUUUGGGGAAAUGUACGAGAGGAUUGAGAAUUCGAAGCGGAAGCAGAUGAUGGAGCUGGAGAAACAGAGGAUGGAGUUCGACAAGGAGCUCGCGUUGCAGAGGUUGAGUAUGUUCAUGGAUGUUCAGGUGGAGCUCGGGAAGAAGAUGAAGCACUCCAAGUACUCGCAUUCUUCAGGGUUGGUUGAUAAUUUUUAUUUUUGGACACAUGAUGGUGUUAGUCGGUUAAAUUGUUAGUUGUUUGAGAGAGGUAAAUUGGUGAAGAUCGAAUUUGCACUAGGGUCGAUAACCAUUUCGUUUUUCCGUUUCUUCUAUUUGUGUUCUUAUGACAUUUUGUGUUUCAAUAGGGAAGAAAUCAUAGAAGUUUUAAACGCACGACGCAUGAGAAGGAUUUGCAUGUAACUGGGACGUCAAGGCGACGGUGUCUCAUUCUAAUUACAUUAUUGUAACUGAAUAGUUGUUUUGCUUCAUAAUUAUUGUACAUUAUGUUUCUGAUUUCUGUAGUGUAAUAUUGUUUGUCAAUAAUCACAUAAUUCCCACUUCCCAAUUGUUCA